AUGGCUGAUGACCAUGCUUCUAAAGCAAUAAGUUGCUAUGGAGCUGGUAUUAACCAUACUCCAAAUAUUGACAGACUAGCUUCCGAGGGCAUGAAGUUCAAUCACUGUUAUGUGACGAACUCGAUUUGUACGCCCUCGCGUGCGGCCAUCCUGACAGGCACGCACAACCACGUCAACGGGGUGAUGACCCUGAAUGAUAGCAUUAACAAGCACUUGCCCAAUGUCGCUAAGCAUCUGCGGACUGGAGGGUACAGGACAGCGAUGGUCGGAAAAUGGCACAUGGGAGAAGGUCCAGCACAUGAACCUACCGGAUUUGACUAUUGGUCUGUCCUGCCCGGCCAAGGUGACUACUGGGAUCCCGAAUUCAUCGAACCUCAAGGCGAGAGAAUUGAACCCGGAUACGUGACGGAUAUCAUAACCGAUAAAUGUCUAAACUUCAUCUCCGAAAGUCGCAAUACCGGCAAGCCUUUCUUCGUCAUGUGUCACCACAAGGCCCCUCACCGAUCAUGGGAAUGUGAUGACAAGCACAAAAAUCUGUACGCUGACAAACCGAUUCGAGUGCCGGAGACAUUCACAGAUGACUAUAAGAACCGCGCUAAAGCAGCGAAAGUAGCCAAAAUGCGCGUCGCGGAAGACUUAACGUAUCAAGAUCUCGGACUCGUCCAGCCGGAUGGCGGAAGCCGAGUGGGCGAACGAGUAGUCCAAGAAUCUGGCUCGAGCCAACGGAAGAUCCCAACUGAUGCAACAAGAUUGAUUGAUAAAGAAGACGGCACCAUAUUUACCUUUAAGGAUAAGAGCGAGCUGGCAGAGUUCAAGUUUCAGCGCUAUAUGCAGCGAUACCUUCGCGUCAUCCAAUCAGUUGAUGAUAACGUCGGGCGGAUGUUAGAUUAUCUCGACCAAAAUGGACUCGCGGACAAUACCAUUGUCAUAUACACAUCGGACCAGGGCUUCUUCCUAGGAGAGCACGGCUGGUUUGACAAGCGCUUUAUGUACGAAGAGUCCUUCCAGAUGCCGUUCUUGAUAAAAUAUUCCGCCGAAAUUGCCAAGGGAUCCGUAUGUAACGACAUCAUCUGCAAUGUCGACUUUGCGCCAACGUGGCUUGAUUUCGCGAAGCUCCCGAUGCCUAGCUACAUGCAAGGAGUGUCGUUCCGCGAACUGUUACGAGGAAAGACACCAGAAGACUGGCAGCAGGUCGCGUACCAUCGUUACUGGAUGCACAACGACAUUAUCCACGAAGCGAGAGCGCAUUACGGCGUGCGGGAUCAGAGAUACAAACUGAUCUAUUGGUACAAUGAGCAUUUGGGGGUGGCUGGGGCGAGACCCGGGGCAGAAGAUGAGAAGGAAUGGGAACUGUUUGACUGCGAACGCGAUCCUCUGGAACUGUUCAAUGUUUAUAAUGAGCCGGAGUAUGAGCAGGUCAUCAAGGACAUGACGCGCAUGUUAGAGCGGAAGAUGCAAGAAAUUGGUGACGAGCCGGUCCAUCCGACGAUGAGCGUUGGUCACUAG